AUGGUCAAGCGGUCCCCCUCCCCUUCAGUUGAUUCUGUGGAGAGAAUUUAUGACAUGCUCUGCGCUGCGCAGUUGAAGGCCAACACAGAGGAAGAAGAAAUUAGGGCUCUUCGCCUUCUUAUCGCCACUGCGGAAGUUGAGAUAAAAACAGCACAGGAAUCUAUGCGCGAGCUACAGGAGCAGCAUGAAGAAGCCUCAAGGGAGGUUUCUGUGAAGAAAAGCACAUUGGAGGAGCAGCGACACCGGUGUGUUGGUGCAGUAGAAGCACUUGCAAGCUCACGGGAGGCGUUAACCCGAGAAAUUGAAGACAUUCUUCGCUCGGAGUUGCCGCCUCAUCCAGCGGUGUCUGCCGUGAAAAAAACAGUGCGGUCCUCGUACGAAAUUAUAUCCCCAGCGAAGCUCCGAGACGCUGCCUUGAGCCUAAGAAGGAAAAUUGAGGAAGCGAUCAAACACCACCACCUGUGCUGUGAGCAAAACCAAAGCCCAUCAAGCAUUGGGGAUGGAUGGGGAGACUCCAAGAAAGGGUUCAGACAUUCGUUUGUUGUUCACUUCAAAUGCGCUGAAGCCGCCGUGUCGAACACUGGCGACGAAGCAGCGGGUGCGGUUCCAGAGCCGAGACAUGUCUCUGCAGCUCGAGUAGAGCUUAAUGUUGGCAAAGAUGCGAAUGACACAUUGGGAAAGCGGAAGCGGAAGGUUAUCACUUUCGACGAUGAGCAACUGGAGGCGCAUUCCGCUGCCUUCAGACCUUCGGCGGCAGCUGUAGCGACUCCGCGGCCGUCGUCCAUUUCUUGUGAUCUCACGAUAAUCAGGCCGCGGCUUCCACGCCGUACUUUGUGGCGUGCAGAGCAACGCGAGCUGAGUUGA